GGCCUUGCUCCGCCAGUCUGUCCUGGUUCCUGCAGCCGCUCGCUAUGAGUUUCCGGCCGGGCAGCACAAGCCGUGAGUCCCGCUGCCGGGCGGCAGCCGAGUAUUACCGAUCCCUCCAGGUUCCGGAACGGCUAGAGGAAGCCCUGAACGAAGCGUUCACCCGGGGGCCACCGGAGGAUGUGUUCGGCCACCUGGCAAAUUACUUUGCUCGGCUCUCAAAGACUCCAAUAAUAUGUGGGAUGGAAGGCCGAAAAAUCCUGGAUGGAUCAGGCCAUCCAUCAUUAGAGGUCACGCUUCUCUGCACCGUGAAAAACAUUGACAAGCCUGUAUGCUCUGCCGGAAUAUCUGCAAACUCAGGUUUGCUGCCGCUGGCUUCUUAUGAUGCCAUUGAAGCCAGUGAGAAUGAAAGGGUUAAGUCGGUGGAUACAGCCAUUGAAUGGAUAAUGCACGAUUUACGGCCACUGAUUAAUGGAAUAUCACCCAAUGAACAGUCUAGAAUUGAUCAUCUGCUAAGUGAAUAUUUUAAGCAAAAAAGAGAAGAAUUAAAAGAAAUGGCACAAGUUGUGCAAGAUGUAACACCUUCGCCAGCACCCUCGAUCCCAACACCAACGGCAUCUCCGAAGUCUGGCAAGAAAAAAGGAAGUGGCAAAGAUAAAAGGAAGGCUGUUAUGGAGAAACCUGUACCCCCGGAAGAACCGUCGGAGCCAGUGAUCUGCGGCAGUUUUGCAAUUGGUGCAGUGUCACUCGCUGUAGCUAAGAGCAGUGCAGCUCUCAACAACGUCCCUUUGUACCUACAUAUCGCAACCCUAAGAAAUGCACAGCUACCUGCUCAAUUAGUUAUGCCAACGCCUUUGAUAAGUCUACUGAGUUAUGGAAAAUCAUCUCCUGGCAAACUGAACCUGAUGAAAGAAGUGAUUGUGAUCCCUAAGCAGAGUCGUGCACUGCAGGAGAAUGUUGACAUGAUCUUUUCCCUCCAGAAUCAAAUCAUGAAGCAACUUUGUAAUGUAUCCAAGGCAGCGUCGGUAAUUAAGAACAUAUCGCCGCUGGGCUGUUUGGUAUCUGGAUGUGACCGCAUAGAUCAGCCCUUGCAUUUAAUUGCUGAAGCCUGCGAACACCUUGGCCAAGAAUUGGGCACAGAUAUCCAUAUAGCACUCAACUGUGCCGCCCAUGAAUUAAUGGACUAUAACAAAGGUAAAUAUGAAGUCAUAAGUGGAACAUUCAAGACUCCCGAUGAAAUGGUCGACAUGUAUUUGGAUUUAAUUAACCAAUAUCCUUCUGUGAUUGCUUUAUUGGACCCACUGAGGAAAGAGGAUGCUGCACAGUGGCAGAGCCUCGCCAAUGCGCUUGCCUCCAAGUGUUAUUUAAUUUCAGACUUUGCAUCAAAACCUGUUUCCAGACUGCUGGAUACUCGAAACGUUAACAUUCCGCUUUCCAGCGGAACAGUCAUCAAACAUACCAACGAGACAACUGUUUCAGACCUGCUGGAUAUUUGCAACAUCAUUGCGGAAGAAAAGCGAGUGGCUAUAUUGGGAUGUUUGGACGAGGAAUCUAUGGAUGAAAGCCUAGCAGAUUUGGCCAUUGGGCUCGGAGCGCGAUUUAUCAAGUUGGGAGGUCUGCUGCGUGGGGAGAAGACCACCAAAUAUAACCGUCUGCUGGCUAUAGAGGAUGAACUCAGGCGAGAUGGAACACUAGGUUACCACCAAGAUUAUGAAUUCCCCGCACUUUGUAGUGAGAUGCAAAUGUCUGCUUCGCCGUAAGGAAGAAAUACCUUUAAAAUGCUACAAGAAAGACUCGACUCUGCAACUUGUACAAAAAAUACGCUUAUUUUGUUUCUUCCGAAUUGAUGUGAAAAAGGAAUGACGACAUUUCAUAGAGCGAUAAGAACUACGCCUUUGGCACUGAGGACUUUUUAAACCUUUUCAUUUUCUCCAUGAUAUUUGCCCACCCUAUUGCAGGGCCAAGCUGGUCGGUCAUAGAAUGGACGUGUCACAUAAAAUAAACACGAGAUCGAUUA